GGGCCGGGGGGCGAUGGGAGGAGGGCGGUGGGCGCUGCUCUGGGCGCUGCUGGCGGCCCUGCGCCCACCCCGCAGCGGGGCCGACCCUGACCCAAAUGAAGGUGUAAGCCUGUCAGCAGUGUCCCACCAGCCCCAGAGGAGCGUGGCCAGUGAUGGCCACUGGGCUCCCCAGAGCUCCCAGGAGGAGCCCCCCCCCGUCCCCCUGGGACAGAUAAAGUUCAACCCCACGGUGCCACACAUCGUGAUCAACGAGCACAAGGACGUCACCUUUAAUUGCUCCAUCAAAGUACCUGAGGUGCUGCUGAGGCCAGACACCCCGGGCAUCUCCCUCUGGAAGGAUGGGAGGGAGCUCCAGGCUCUGGACCGCAUCGCCACCAGCCACUUCGAGAUCUCUGACGAGGAGGAGGUGGCAAUGACCUCCACCUUCAGCAUCCUUGCCGCCCAGCGCUCGGAUAACGGCUCCUACGUCUGCAAACUCAACAUCUCUGGCAUGGAGGUGGUGUCAGACCCCAUCUCAGUGCAGCUGGAAGGGCUCCCACACUUCAUCCACCAGCCCGAGAAGCUGAAUGUCACCAGGAACAGUCCCUUCAACCUGACGUGCCAAGCCGUGGGCCCCCCAGAGCCAGUGGAGAUCUACUGGUUCCGGAACAAUGUCCGGGUCAAUGAGAAGCCCCACAUCUCCCCAUCAGUCCUGACUGUGCCAGGUCUGAGUGAAGCAACACUGUUCAGCUGUGAGGCUCACAACAGGAAAGGGCUGACAGCCUCCAACCCAGGGCUGGUCAAUGUGAAAGGAAUGCCAGCUGCUCCUGCCAGUGUCCAUGUCCUCAACAGAACAGCCCAUGGGAUUCUCAUCUCCUGGGUGCCAGGCUUCGAUGCCUUCUCUGCCCUCAACAGCUGCAGUGUCCAGGUGCAGGAAGCCACCCCCCCCCGAAGCAACUCCUCCCUUCUGCUCUUCAACACCUCGGUGCCUCCCCACCUCUACCACAUCCAGCACCUGGGGCCCAUGCUGGACUAUCACAUCCGUGUUGCCUGCCAGAACGAGGUUGGCUGGUCAGCCUUCAGCCCCUGGAUAACAGCCAGCACCACGGAGGGAGCUCCCAGCACCCCCCCGCUCAACGUCACCGUCCUCUUCAAUCAAUCCUCCUCCUCCCUGGAGAUCCGAUGGGUGAAGCCCCCCCUGGAGAGGAUCCAUGGGGAACUGCAGGGCUACCACAUCUGGUACAGGUGGCAGAACUCCAAGGGGUUGCAGAACCUCUCCACUGAAGCUCAGCACAAUGCCAGCGGGGCCAUCCUGCCCGUGGUGGCCACCAAUGCCACCUGCUCCAUCCAGGUGGCUGCUGUCACCAAGGGGGGAGUGGGACCUUUCAGCAGCCCAGUGAAGAUCUUCAUCCCAGACAGUGGGUCCAUCACCUCAGCCACCUCUUCAACUCCAGCCCCAGGGAACGCCGACUCCUUCGUCGUGGCCCUGGGCUUCAUCUGUGGCACCAUCGCCGUGGGGCUGGUCCUGUGCCUCACUGUGCUCAUCCAGAAGAGAUGUGUGGAAACCAAGUAUGGGAAUGCUUUCAGCAGGGAUGACUUGGAGCUGGUGGUGAACUACAGAGCCAAGAAGUCCUACUGCAGGAGAGCCCUGGAGCUGAGCUUGGGCAGCCUGGGUGUCAGCACUGAGCUCCAGCAGAAGCUGCAGGACGUGGUGGUGGACAGAAAUGCCCUCUGCCUGGGGAAGGUCCUGGGAGAGGGGGAGUUUGGGUCAGUGAUGGAGGGGCACCUCAGCCAGCCCGAGGGCACCCCACAGAAGGUGGCUGUGAAGACCAUGAAGUUGGAUAACUUUUCCCAAAGGGAGAUAGAGGAGUUCCUCAGUGAAGCAGCCUGCAUGAAGGACUUCAACCACCCCAAUGUCAUCAAGCUCCUCGGUGUGUGCAUUGAGCUGAGCUCCCAGCAGGUCCCCAAGCCCAUGGUGAUUCUGCCCUUCAUGAAGUACGGGGACCUCCACAGCUUCCUGCUCCGCUCCCGGCUGGAGAUGGCCCCCCAGUUUGUGCCCCUGCAGACCCUGGUGAAGUUCAUGGUGGACAUUGCCCUGGGGAUGGAGUACCUGAGCAGCAGGCACUUCCUGCACAGGGAUUUGGCAGCUCGGAACUGCAUGCUGAGGGAUGACAUGACCGUGUGUGUGGCUGACUUUGGGCUCUCCAAGAAGAUCUACAGCGGGGAUUACUACCGGCAGGGACGGAUCGCCAAGAUGCCCGUCAAGUGGAUCGCCCUGGAGUCCCUGGCUGACAGGGUCUACACCACCAAGAGUGAUGUGUGGGCAUUCGGGGUCACCAUGUGGGAGAUCUCCACGCGGGGGAUGACGCCGUACCCAGGGGUGCAGAACCACGAGAUCUAUGAGUACCUCCUGCAUGGGCAGCGCCUGAAGAAGCCCGAGGGCUGCUUGGAUGAGCUCUAUGGGAUGAUGUCUGCCUGCUGGAGGGCCGACCCCGCCGCCCGCCCAACCUUCUCCCAGCUGAAGGUCCACCUGGAGAAGCUGCUGGAGAACCUGCCCAAAGGGUCUGGAGACAUCAUCUACAUCAACACCAGCCUGCCCGAGGAGAGCCCAGAUUCCACCCAGGAUUCAGGCUUCCCCCAAGCAGACUCUGAUUUGGAGCCUGGGGACAUUGCUGAGCCCUGCUCCCCCCGAGCAGCUCUGGUGGCUGUGGAUGUCCACCAGGACCAGCCCUGGGGGACCAGGUACGUCCUGGAGGAGCAGCUUGGUGGCCCAGCAGAGGAAGCCUACGUCCCACUGCUGCCCGAGGGGAUGGGGACAACCAGGGAGAGCUCAGCAUGGAGCCAGGCCAGCACCUUGCCUGCUGGCACCUCGCUGGUGGCACAUUCCCACACCUGCCUGGAGGACUCAGAGGUGUCACUGAGCUGUGACAGUGGGAGCCUGGGGUAAAGGGGCUCCCCAAAAAAAAGGACAGAGAGGGUUUAUUUUAAUAAAGUCAUCUGGUUUGUUUUCUUCCUGCAUGA